GAGCCCCGUCCGCGCCCCUGCAUGGCCGCGGCCGUGGAGCUGGUGGGGCUCGGCGUGCGGCUGGCCGAGGUCUGGCUGCUGCGCGGGCCGGGCUGCCCCGCGUGCCCGGCCUGCCCGACCCAGACCUGCACGCUCACGUGCAGCGGGCCGGCCACCUCCCACACCGAGCCCGCCGAGGCGCCCGCGCACGCCGCUGCGCCGGGCUGGCUGGUGGUGUGGCUGUCCGCCGCGGCCGGGGCCGUGGGUGCUUGGGCCAUCGGGCGCCUGCGGCUCUUCGCCAGGCCGCCCGCCGCCCGCGCCGAGCCGUCGGCCCCGCCGGCGCUGCUGCCGGCGCUCGCGGCCCCAGCGGCUCCCGCCCCUGGGACGGCCUGCCAGGCGCAGGUCCUCAUCGACUUCAUGGACGACGAGAACGGGCUGCGGUGGCACGCGCGGCUACUCAUCAUCCAGACGCCCACGCCGGGGGUCUGGAUCGGCAGCACUCCCGACUUCUCGGUCCAGCGGAUCGACCUGAAUGUGCAUCGUGUGAUCGCCCUCGCCCGGGGACAGCCCUACCCCCCGGCGCAGUGGGCGGAGUCGUACGUCUUCGACAACCCCAUCCCCGACGCCGACCUGACGCGCGUCAGGCAGCAGGCGGCCGCCCUGGCGGCCGUGCUGGGCCAGGCACCCCCAGCGGGCCCAGCGGCCCCGGGCGGCGUGGGGGUGUGGCGUGUGGCCGACCCCGCCGCUCGCAGCUUCGGCGACGAGGUGCCGGCCCAGAUCCUCUCGGACCGCGCCACCUUCAUGACGCCCGAGGCGGCGGCCGACGAGGACUACCUGAGCGGGCUCGUGCUGAUUGACAACUGCUGGACCUUCUGCCAGCUCGUGGCCGACGACGACCGUGCUGCCUGGGAGCGGGCGCUGGUUUCUGGCAAUCGGCGGGACGAUCGCGUGACAGGCGACGCCCGCGAGCCCGUCUCAGGCCGUCGCUUCAUCUCUUUUGCCGACUCUUUCGGGCUGCAGCACGCGGCGGCCGAGCCGCCCUUCCCCUUGAGCGGGAGCCGGGUCACCCACGAGUUCGUGAAGACGCUCCGCGCCACGGGCAUGGAGUGGAUGUCGCACCACCUGGACUUCAUCCACAAGUCGGGCAUCUCGCCCAACAGCAACAUCACGCGUGCACAUCGUAGGCUCACAGAGGCGUUGCACGCCUUCCAGCAGCAGGACAUGUUGAACCUGCCCAGCCUCUCAGGGGUCGAGAUCCUGGUCCGCUACCUCGUGCAGAUCGAGAUGGCGGUGGCCCGCAACCCUCGGAGCCCCGACUUCCAGGACCUGGACGCGGUGGUGGCCUCUACGGUCAAUGAGUAUGGCGGCCUCGUCCUUCCCGAGUACUCGAAGUACAUCGCUCAGAUCCAGAAGGACGAGGCGACGACGCAGGCGGCGGCGCUGGCGGCGAGGACGGCGGCGCUGGGCGCUUCCGGGGCCGCGGGCGCGGCCGUGCAGGUGGUGGCGGACGCGGCGGUCGGGGUGCUGCCCCUGAGCCUCUCCUCCGGCGUGCGGCGGCGGUGCAACCAGGCGAUCAUGGCUCUGAACGACCUGGACGCCCCGCUGGCGGCUGCGCGGCGACUCGCCUCGGUCCUCCCGGCGAACGCCGCCCAAGCAUCUGUAUUGCAGCGCGUCCAUCAGCGAGUGGCCGCCUUCGGCGACCCCAUCGGCGUGGACGGUGAUGACGCGCUCUGUUCUCUCCUGAAGUCCAAGGACGUCUACAGCGGCCGGCCGACCCCAGUUCGGCCUUAUGUGCCGCGCCUCCUCAAGGUUCUCGACAGCGGCAUCUCGCCGCAGCCGAUCCGCUCGCUGGUGCCGCCCUGGCUGCUACCGCUGAUCAACGAGCCGGAGAAGCACAUCUUUCGGUCGCAGGCGGUCCUCGACAGCAUGGUGGAGGCCGGCGAGCUCCCCCCCAUCUACCCCUACUGGGAUGCGAACCUGCGGCGGGACCCGGUCCUGCGGUUGGGCCUCUUCAAGCAGCUCAUGCGCAUUGGCCUCGUCGGUGACGGCUCGCUGCGCAUGGUGAUUGACGGCCGAGAGCCUUCGGCUCUGCAUCGCCGCCCGCCUCGGACCGAGCUCGGUUCGGCGGCGGCCCUCAGCGGCCUCUGCCUCGACGCGGGCUUGCUGGGCAGCGACGGGCAGGGCUACCACGGGGCCAGCGCUGACCUGCGCCAGGGCUUCUACCAGAUGCAGUGGCUCGAGAUUGGCAGCUGGUUCUGCUUCGACUACCCCAUGCCCAUCCGCAACUUCGACACGGACCAGGUGUACGACGAGGUGCACCGCCGCUUCGUGCAGGUCGAUCCCGACACCGUGGUCUACCCGUGCUUCCAGGGCCUCGCCAUGGGCUGGAGCUGGUCGCUCUUCAUCUGCAACGGCAUCACCGAGGACGUCACUCGCAUCGGCAUCAGUCGGGCGCUGUCCAUCGCGCCCGAGGAGGUCAGGAUGGUCUCCGAGCGCUCCCCCUGCGCGCGCCUCGGCGCGGGCGAGCUCGCUGGGGCCUCCUACGUCGACAACGCCAAUGUCGUCGGGUCGCCGCGCCGCCUGGUCGACGCGGCGCUGGAGGCUAUCCUGCUCGAGUUCGAGCGCCGCGGCCUGGCCUACCACGAGGUGUGCUACGCCACGCGGGACUUCGUCUGCUGCGGGGUUCGGUUCGACUUCUGCGACGGCCGCGCGGUGCCGCAGCGCGAGCGGGCCUGGCGGCUGCAUCGGGCGGUCACCGCCCUGAUCGACCGCCGCGGCUGCACGCCUGCGGCCAUGGAGGUUGUGCUGGGGCACGUCGUGCACCACUUCAUGCUCAUGAGGCCGGCCCUCGCUGUCCUGAGCUCCUUGUACCGUGUCGUGUACGCGCCGGGCGACUACUGCCACUUCGACGCCGAGCAGCUGCGCGAGCUGGGGCUUGUCAAGGCCCUCAUUCCGCUCGCUGGUGUGGACCUCGGCGCACCAUGGCACCCGUGGGCCUACUGCUCUGACGCGAGCCUGUGGGGCUACGCCCUGGCCACGUCACGCUUCGACGAGAGCGAGCUCAGGGACAUCGGCGCCUACCGCGAGCGCUGGCGCUUCGUCGCCAUCGACCGCCACGCUGAUGACCCGGGCGAUCCGCCGGGUACUGAGGUUGCCACGCAGGCCGGCUUCACUGCCGGCAGCGACGACGCCGCUGUGUUCGCCGGGCUGGAUUUGCCGCCCCGUGCGGGUCGGUCGUCACCGUGCCUGGCAGCACGGCGGAGCCGAGCGGCUCGGGUCGACGUGGAGGCGCCGGCCUCCGCCGCCUGCAGAGGCGGCAUCCCGGCGCUGCCCGACGCCGCCCUCGCAGCUCACAGGUGGCAGCUGGUGGUCCGCGGCGCCUUUCUCUUCGCGGCCCCGAUCCACAUCCUCGAGGGCCGGACGACGCUGCUGGGCCUCAGGCGGGCCACCCGCUCCGUGGCGGCUCACGGCUGCCGCGUCCUGUCCAUCGGCGACAACCUCUCGUCCAUGAUGGCCUUCGAGAAGGGCCGCUGUGCCAACCCGGUGCUCCGCCAGCUGGCCUGCCAGGCUGCCGCGCGGCAGAUCGCCACUGGCAUCCAGCACUACCAUCGGUACUCGGAGAGCAGCCGCAACCCGACCGACCACGACUCCCGGGCGGCCGACCGCUUCGAGCUCGAGCCGGGCCAGACGCAGCGCGGGGCGCCGCGCGACCUGGCCCCGGCGCCUCCCCCAGCGCCGGCCGCCUCGCCGGCCGGCGGCGCGGGCCCGCACCGCCUGGGCGCCCGGCCGCGAGAGCGGCGCCGGGCGCGCCACGUGCUCGAGCUCUACGCCGGCUGCGCCCGCCUCACGGCCGCCUGCCUCGACGCGGGGCUGCAGUCGUGGGUCCCAGUCGACAUCUCGCGGGGGCCCUGGCACGACCUGUCCGACAAGCGCAUCAUCAGCGUGAUCCGCUCCCUGAUCGUGCGCAGGGACGUGUGGUACGUCCACUUCGGCACGCCGUGCACCCCCUUCAGCCUGGCCACCCCGGCGCGCAGCCGGGCCAAGCAUUUUGCCUCUGGUAGUGCUUCGGUUUCGUUCACCAUAGACAUGCUUCGCCUGUGUGAGCGAUUUGGCGUGCGCUGGUCCGUCGAGAAUCCCUCUUCUUCACGUCUCUGGCAUUCUCCCGAGGUCACAUCCUUCUUGGAUCGUCACUGUCACUACUUCGUUCAUAUGCAUUAUUGCCACUACAACUGCCGCUACCUGAAGCCCACCACCCUUGUCACCAACCUGAAGCCGCUUCAGGCCCUCGAGGCCAGCUGCUCCCGUGAUCACGUUCACGAGGUCCUUGCAGGCAAGGUUCGUCUGGGUCCCAAGGGUGCCUCCGUCUGGAAGACCAGCCUAGCCGGGCGCUAUCCGGAGGCGUUGGCUCGGAAGUGGGCUAGCAUCCUCCGCGAGUGCGCUCCCGCGGCAGGCCGCCUCGAUGGUGCUCGCCCUGAAUGCCGAGGGGAGGCUCAGCUGGCAGCCGCCGCCGAGUGCGACGACUGGACGCGCACGCCAGACCCCGUCUGCCCCGCCGCGGGCCACCAGGAGUGGUCGCCCGACCAGCUGGGCUGGGGCAGCUGCGCGGCGCAGCGCCCCGGCGCGGAGCCGCGGCACCCCCUGGGCCGCGGGGCCCCGCGCCGCCGCUCGCGCCUGGCUGUGGGCUCGCAGCGGGCCGCCAACAACGACGUGGCCCGCGAGGACUUCCUGGCUCGGCGCCGCGUGAAGCCCCUGACCCAGCAGCACUACGCCCGGGCUGCGGCCGAGGUCCGGCGCUUCGCGAUUCAGCACCGGUACCCGCUGGCCACGCCAGCUCAGAGAGACAAGCUGAUGGUGGACUACCUGCAGAGCAUCUUCCUGGCGGGGGACGGGAUCUUCGCCGCGCGGACCGCCCUCUACGGCUACGCGUUCGAGGAGCGGGUCAACCUCAGGGACGUCGCGGAGUUCCCCCAGGCCCGCCUCACGCUGAAGGGCUUCGCGAAGGCGUCGCCCGGCGAGCAGAGGGACCCCUGCCCCUGGGAGGCGGCGCUGCUGAUCAUCGAUCAGUGCCUCGCCUCCCACAGCCCGCGCCAGCAGCUCGUGGGGGCCGGCGUCGCCGUGGCCUUCGACGGCUACCUGCGCCUCUCGGAGCUGCUCCACCUGAAGGCCUGCGACGUGACCUGCCUCCGCCACUCCGCGACGUCGGCCUACCCCCAGGUCUCGAUCACCCUGAUGCCGGCCGCCCCGGCGGACUGCCCUCCGUCUGUGACGACGAAGGCCGGCGAGUGCGACGACACGGUUACCUUCGGCGGCAUCGGCAGCGCCGGCAUCUCGCGGCGCUGGGUGGCCAAGCUCCUGCGGGACCUCAAGGCCGCCACGCCGCCGACCAGACCGCUCUUCCCGUUCAGUCACCGUGAGUUCGAGGUCGCCUUCCGUGAGGCGGCUGACGCUGCCGGCUUGCAGCGCCUCCGUCUCUGCCCGCACUCCCUUCGGCAUGGCGGGGCCUCGACGGAUUUUGCGCUGAAGCAUCGCUCCCUGGCGGAGGUGCAGCGGCGGGGCCGCUGGAAGUGCGCCGCCAGCGUGCGACGCUAUGAGAAGGCCGGCCGCCUCACACGCCAGCUCGCCAAGUUGUCCCAAGGCCAGCUGUCAGACGCCGCUCGUGUCGGCAGGAGGCUGGCCGCCAAAUCUUCUUUCGUCUUCGGCGGCCGCUCAGAGAG